CUCAGCUUAUAAGGGACUUUUUUUAUUGUGGCUGAUCUCAUCUAUAGGGCACAUUUCUCCCCCAAAAUAGAUCUACAUGUUUCUGAGGUCCGGCGGAGCUUUUGUCUUCUUUUUCCUAAAUUUGAUCUAUAUCAAUUCCUGAGGAUUAUUGCUGGAUUUCUAUGAUUUUUUUUGUGCAUCGACUCUUUUGUUUUUUCCUAAACAGUUGAGUUCUCUCAUCAUGAAGCUGACGGGGCUAUUUUUGUUACUGAUGCUUUGGACCUGCGAGGGUGCCAGAAUAGCAGAGAGCGGAGAGGACAACAGCGUGUACGACCUGUUCGAGCUGGUGCAAGUCCCCAAGAAGAACCACGGAGUGAAUCAGGUGAAAGGCGACGACCCGUACAGCCCCGCCUACAAGAUCCUCAACCCGGACCUGAUCCCCCCGGUCCCCGAGCGGGCCCUCCGGGACCUGAUCGACUCCAUCCACGCCGAGAGGGGCUUCCUCUUGCUGCUCAACUUCAAGCAAGCCAAGCGCACGCGGGGCAGCCUCCUGACCGUCGAAAAGAAGGACGGCUCCGGUCCCAUCUUUGAGAUCGUGUCCAACGGCAAAGCCAACACGUUGGACAUUGUUUUCUCCACCGAGAAGAAGCAACAUUUGGUCUCCAUCGAAGAUGCGGAUCUCGCCACGGGCCACUGGAAGAACAUCACGCUGUUCGUGCAGGAGGACCGGGCGCAGCUGUACGCCGGAUGCGACGAGGUCAACAACGCCGAGCUGGACGCGCCGAUCCAGAGCAUCCUGACCCAGGAGACGCCUGCCGGCGCGCGGCUCAGGAUCGGGAAAGGAGCCGUGAAGGACAAGUUCAUGGGGGUCCUUCAAAACGUGCGCUUUGUUUUUGGAACGAGCUUGGACGCCAUCCUCCGCAACAAAGGAUGUCAGAGCUCGCCAGAUUCGAUGAUGAUGGAGAAUCUUAAUGGCUCCUCGGCCAUCCGGACAGAAUACACUGGCCAUAAAACUAAAGAUCUACAGAUGGUCUGCGGUUUCUCCUGUGAGGACCUCAUCAGCAUGUUCAAGGAGCUCAAGGGGCUCGGUGUGGUGGUCAAGGAGCUGUCCAUCGAGCUACGUAAACUGACAAACGAAAACAAGCUGAUUAAGACGCGCAUCGGCAUCCACAGCGGCGUCUGCAUCCACAACGGCAUCGUGCACAAGAACAGAGACGAGUGGACCGUGGAUGACUGCACCGAGUGCACUUGUCAGAACUCUGCAACAGUGUGUCGCAAGAUCUCCUGUCCCUUGAUCCCAUGUGCGAACGCAACCGUGCCGGACGGAGAGUGCUGCCCACGCUGCGGAACACCGAGCGACUACGCCGAGGACGGCUGGUCUCCGUGGUCUGAAUGGACCCAUUGUUCCGUGUCGUGUGGGCGGGGCAUCCAGCAGCGCGGACGCUCUUGCGACCGUAUCAAUAACAACUGCGAGGGCACCUCCGUGCAGACGCGGGACUGCUACCUCCAAGAGUGUGACAAGCGCUUCAAGCAGGAUGGCAGCUGGAGCCAUUGGUCGCCGUGGUCCUCGUGCUCCGUUACCUGCGGGGCUGGCGUCAUCACUCGAAUCCGUCUGUGCAAUUCCCCAACCCCCCAGCUCGGAGGCAAGGACUGUGUGGGAGAAGGUCGCCAAACAGAAAAGUGUCAAAAGUCUCCAUGCCCCAUCAAUGGCAACUGGGGUCCCUGGUCGCCGUGGGAUACGUGCACCGUUACGUGUGGAGGCGGCGUGCAAAGUCGUAAGCGCCUGUGCAAUGACCCGGCGCCAAAUUUCAAUGGGAAAGAUUGCGUUGGAGACGGCAAAGAAACGCAAACGUGCAACAAGAAAACGUGUCCUAUUGACGGGUGCCUAUCAAACCCUUGUUUCGCUGGGGUCAAGUGCACGAGUUUUCCGGAUGGUUCCUGGAAGUGUGGAAAAUGCCCUCUCGGGUAUACCGGCAACGGUGUCAAAUGCAAAGAUCUCGAUGAGUGCAAGGAGGUCCCAGACGCUUGCUUCGAGUUUAACGGCGUCCACCGUUGUGAGAACACGGAACCCGGGUACAACUGCCUCCCCUGCCCGCCUCGUUACUCCGGACCUCAACCGUUUGGGAAAGGCGUGGAGCAGGCCGCUGCUACGAAACAGGUGUGCUCGCCCCGAAAUCCGUGCCUGGAUGGAAGCCACAACUGCAAUAAACACGCUCGCUGCAACUACCUGGGGCAUUUCGCGGAACCCAUGUUCCGAUGCGAGUGCAAGCCGGGCUACGCUGGCAACGGACACAUCUGCGGAGAGGACACCGAUCUGGAUGGUUGGCCCAACGCCGACUUGGUUUGUGUGGAGAAUGCCACCUACCACUGCAAAAAGGACAACUGCCCCAACCUCCCCAACUCCGGACAAGAAGAUUAUGACAACGACGGCAUCGGAGACGCUUGCGACAUUGACGAUGACAACGACGGCAUUCCUGAUGAUAGAGACAACUGUCCGUUCACCUUCAACUCCAGGCAGUAUGACUACGACCGUGAUGAGGUGGGCGAUCGCUGUGACAACUGCCCUUAUAAUAGCAACCCUGACCAAACAGACACGGACAACAACGGGGAGGGAGACGCCUGCGCCGUGGACAUAGAUGGCGACGGCGUACUUAAUGAAAAGGACAACUGUCCGUAUGUGUACAAUGUGGACCAGAGAGACACGGAUUUGGAUGGGGUGGGCGACAUGUGCGAUAACUGCCCUCUGGAACAUAAUCCUGACCAGGUGGAUUCAGAUGACGACCGUGUGGGAGACAAGUGUGACAGCAACCAGGACAUUGAUGAGGACGGACAUCAGAACAACCUGGACAACUGCCCGUACAUCCCCAACGCCAAUCAGGCCGAUCACGACAAGGACGGCAAGGGAGACGCGUGCGACCACGAUGACGAUAAUGACGGCAUCCCAGACGACAAGGACAACUGCAGACUGGCACAUAAUCCUGACCAGGUUGACUCCGACGGCGAUGGCCGUGGAGAUGCAUGCAAAGAUGACUUUGACCAAGACAACGUGCCCGACAUCUACGACGUGUGUCCGGAGAACUUUGACAUUAGCGAGACGGACUUCCGCAAAUUUCAGAUGGUUCCCCUCGACCCGAAGGGCACUUCCCAGAUUGAUCCAAAUUGGGUGGUGCGUCACCAGGGUAAAGAGCUCGUCCAAACCGUCAACUGUGACCCUGGAAUUGCCGUCGGAUAUCAUGAGUUCAAUGCGGUGGACUUCAGUGGGACCUUCUUCAUCAACACGGAGAGGGAUGACGACUACGCCGGCUUUGUGUUUGGUUACCAGUCCAGCUCCAGGUUCUACGUGGUGAUGUGGAAGCAGAUCACUCAGACCUAUUGGUCCAAUAAACCGACCAAAGCCCAGGGCUACUCUGGCUUGUCAAUCAAAGUGGUCAAUUCCACCACCGGCCCGGGAGAACACCUCAGGAAUGCCCUGUGGCAUACCGGCAAUACCGCAGGACAGGUCCGCACGCUCUGGCAUGACCCCAAGAACGUCGGAUGGAAAGAUUACACGGCCUACAGAUGGCAUCUGAUCCACAGACCGAGAACGGGGCUUAUCAGGGUUGUGAUGUACGAAGGAAAGAAGAUCAUGGCAGAUUCCGGCAGCAUCUAUGACAAGACGUAUGCCGGGGGAAGGUUAGGUCUUUUUGUCUUCUCCCAGGAGAUGGUUUACUUCUCAGACCUCAAGUAUGAGUGCCGAGAUACAUAAACGCACGGCGCUGGAUGUUCGGAGGAAUGCACCUUUUCGUCGUACGAACAUUUCUUUUACUCUCUCGUAAAGUCCGAGGACUGAUUUUAUCUCCACAACGCUUUCUUGUGCAAUGCGUAAACUCGUCGAGGGCGAGCGGCAUGCGGGCAGCCUUCGUGUAACGUGACGCCGGUUUUGGGCCCAAAAAAACUAAAUGGCUGAGUACCGUUUGAGGAUCAGAGUGCCCCCCCCCUCCUCCCCCACACCCUCUUCUGCAAGAGUGGGGAAAGCUGGAGAGAAAAAGGAAAAUAUUCCCUAACCUCCCUCCCACCCUUGCAUCGAGGACACCGGCACCUUUCUGUCCCAGCUCUCCUUGCUUUCUUACUUAGUGAAAGACCUCAUUCAUCUCCGUGCGGGCAGGGCACCCCGUAGACAACUAUGCACUCGCAAUUUUUUUUUUUUUUUUACAUCCUCUCUCUCUCGCGCCUUUCUCGCUCCUCUUCCUCACCUUACGGGCAUCCCAAAGAAAAGACUGAGUCAAUAUUUCGUUUGCUUUACCGGGUUGCACAUUCCGAACGACGCGAUUCUGGAGGACUCGAAAGACGACGGCAGCGGUUAAACGGAAGGAAUAUUUGAUGCGGAGGACGUACGACGGGGAAGACAACUGCGGUCUUAGAAAUACGGCAAACGUAUUCUUGCGGAUGUUUGUGUUCAUGCUCGUGUGUGUGGAAGACUGACCGUGGAUGGAAAAUGAAAGCAGUCGUAUUCAUCUACCUAAGACUCCGUGUAGAGAAAACCCACGAAAAGGGGAAACGCCAUCCAAAAGUCCAAAUGGAAUUGCGCUAGUCUUGAAGUAAUCUUAGUCAUGAAUUGGUUAACAACUCUCAGGUAAAAUGAGCGUCUUGUGAAAAAAAACAUGACAGUCUGCAUUCCCUCCAUCAUGUCACAGCCAAGCCUUGGUCAAUGACAAGAGAUUUAUUGCCCUCAUCUUUUGAGGCUUGAAUUAGGUAUUAUGUAAAUACAUGUAAUUUAUUGACUCUUGCCUACAGUGUAGGCAUAAAAAAAAUACUUUGAAAAAGUUCCAAAUCUCUUGGCUAAAACAGCGAAAAAAAUGUAACAAAAUUGGGAGGAAUCGGGUUUCAGAAACUGGAUGUCUUGCUCCCUCGACUCGCGACUCGCAAACAGUUUUUGUUUUGGUUUAGCACGAGGCUACUUAGCAUGAAGUGUUUGUGACUUGUGUCCUUUAGGAACCAAAAGUAAAAUGAAUGAAGUGAUGUACAAAUAUUACCUCAUUGCAGUCCAUCGACACAAACACGUGCAUUUCGUUUUCCACCGAAGUGAUUGUCGCGUUAGUGUCGCACGGGUCGUAAAUGAAAUGACAUUUCUGUUUGACGACAUCCGGCACCCAAAAGUACCCCGACAAGAAAGACAGUAAAAUGGGAGAUUUCUUCUUCUCUUUUUUUUUUUUUUCUUAUUAAAGAAUAAUUUUGCUUCAUCGUAUAUGUCCGAUGCUGUUUUGAGCAGAUAAGUUAUUGUUUGGUUUUGUUAGCAGUUUAUGACAGGUCAUUGAGUGUGUGCGUGUUUAGAUAAAUGCUAUUUAAAUAAUUUAUCGGGAUUUGUUGCCGUACAAAAGGGCACCUGUCCGUCUGUAUAAACGGUUUGCACACUGAUGCGAGGAUGUCGUAUUCUUUAUCGUUUUUACUUUUGGGAGGUGGGGUGGGAGGGAUUUUGUUUAUCGAUGUUAUCAUUAUUUUUGUACGAUUAGUUUUGCUGGUCUGUAAACAUGUUCUUAGUUGUAAAAAUGCUCAAAUGCUGUUUUUAUCCAUAGUGAUUAUUUUGUCACAUACUUCCGAGAUAAUAAAUAGUUAAAAAGUC